AUGCAGAACCAGCAGGAUGAGCUGGGGUAUCAGCACUUUGUCCUCAUCUACAUCGACCGAGACGGCCACGUACGCCACGAAGCCUCCCAGUCCAUCGUCAAUAGCCGAGAGAUGAUUCUGCCACGGGUCACAGAUGCCUUUCUGCGAGCUGUGGCGCGGUCAAAUAAGACUGUCCCAUCACACUCUCCGCCUAAGCCUGGAGCCCCAACAACAUUACCAAGCCGAAGGCCAUCUAGUGGACAGAUUCCUAACCGGCCAGACUUAUUCCGUGCUCCUUAUAGCGUGGAGGCCCCAAGGGCUGGAAGGCACAAUAUUGUCCCUAGGGCCCCUGGGCAUUCAAUCCAGCCAGCAGCGUGCCCACAGCAUCAAGCCGACCAGCAGGAACUCUGGCCGCUCUGGUCUAGGCAGGUUACCCCCCAACAAUAUUGGCAAAACCCCUGGAAUGAGGAAGUCAGAAUGAGGAGCAGCCAGAAAGCACUAAUCUCGAUUCGAGAUAAAGACUUCUUGCGUCGGUACUAUGAGAAGGUCUUCGAGAAUCUACAGCAGAUAAACUGUCGAAUUCUAGCAAAAGCCUACGUCAAGCUUGUCGAGCCGCGCAAGCAAGUCAACUACCCCUAUAACGGGCGGAAAGUUGUUGCUGGUAGAACUCGACAAUUAGAGCCUGAUGCGACCAAGCCACCAUGGUGGCCGUCUGGAGUGAGCCACCGCGAGCCUGAUCAUCUCCCAAAGGCCGAACGUAUUAGACUCCUAGUUCACAUUCUCUGCGAGCUCCACACCGGCCAUAGAAUCACCGCCCGCAGACUCAAAGAAGCCGACCAGCCUAUCCGCUGCCAAAUCUCCCCAGCCGAGCGAUUGGAAAUACUCGACGAGGUCUACCACGUUAGGGAAGAGGAAGAGAAGUUUUUAGAGGGAGUCACCGACGGGAAAUCCAUGUUGUUAAUUGCCCGAGCGAACCUGCCCGUCGCAGUGGAGAGCCCUAUCAGUCAAGGAGGGAGUAGAAAAAUCACACCAGGUGAAGGGACAUCCAGCCACGAGCGAGAACAACCCACAGAAAUAAUGGCCAUACGCAGUGGACCUAUCCGCAGCACCAACACACUCGAAUCUGCCUUUACGACUGGCGAUCUACCUCCGAAUUUGUCCACAACGAUCCCUCGCCCUCCCUCUCACAUUCCGAAUCUGUAUAUCAACCAAGACCUUCCAAUACACCCCGGCUUUGACUUUGGAGCAUCAUCAUCGAGGUUGCAACAGAAUCUCAAGCAAAAACAUCAGUGUGGAGAGACAGGACCGUCUAUCGGAACCAGCCCUAACACACUAUGGUACUACUCACCUAUAUUCGCGGGCUCCCAGCCCUUUGUGCCAGAGCCAUAUGGGGAGCUUCAGAAUUUCCAGCAUCAGGGUGUCCCGACCACAGGGCAGCCUGUUACAGAGCUAUAUGGAGAGCCUAUGGAACCGUCACAUGCGUUCCCAUACUAUUUCGACAUCCCAUCUCUUAGCUCACCCUAUUCGCACAUUGACCCUCAUCCAUAA